GUGAAUUAUUUCGUUCGAGAAAAGGUACAAUUAUUGUAAAUCGAACUUAACUUCCCUGAAAGUGAACGUGGCGAAGUGUGCGCCUUAUCUAGACGUCAAUUUUUGAACACCAAACGGACCGGUUUAGCUAAAAAAAAUAUCCUUGACGUACAUUUGACGCCGCUAUGGUAUACCUUGUGCAGAACAAAGAAGACCUGGAUCAGCAAUUGGCCGACGCUGGUGAGAAGUUGAUCGUUAUCGACUUCUAUGCCAAUUGGUGUGGACCAUGCAAGAUAAUUGCUCCUAAGUUGGAGGAGCUGGCAUUACAAUAUGCUGACCGUGCUGUUGUCCUAAAGGUGAAUGUUGACGAGAACGAGGAUAUCACCGUCGAAUACAAUAUUACCAGCAUGCCGACUUUUGUGUUCAUCAAGAAUGGUGAAGUACUGGAAAUAUUUGUCGGUGGAAAUUCUGAUAAAUUGGCAAAAUCAAUGGAGAAAUAUGUGGGUGGGACCGAUGUACCGCCGGAGCAGCUUCAGACAGUAUCGAGCUCGCCCUCCGAAAGCGGCGCCAGCAGUAGCGGAGUCUGCGAGCUACGCAGUCAUGCCGAAGCUGAGUGCGAGCCGGCAAUGGAUGGCGAGGGCGUUUUAGAGAACUAGCACCAUAUUUAAUACUAAUAGUACUUUAUUGUUUAACCAUUAAGCACCAAAAUACACACACACACGCACAUGAAGACACAUUUGAAAAUAUGUACAAUCGGCAGGAUGUUAUGGAAAU